AUGUUUGUGAAUCUCUCAGCACAGAAUGGGAGUGUGAUAGAAGCCAAUCUCUCUGGUACUGGCCUAGCCAGCUCGGUGGGAGAGGCAGCAAGUGACGCUGUGAAACGGUGUAUCAUUGCUGUUCUGUGCGGUCUGAUCAUUCUGGGGAACACAGCCGUGUUACUGGUGAUCUCCUCGCCAGUUUCGGGCUGGUCCAACAACAGCCGCCUGGUUCUGAUUUCACUGACCGGUGCUGACGCUGCUCUCGCCCUGAUAGUCAUCCCGCUGAAUUUAUAUGGCAGUAGUGUGCCCCAGCUCCGAAACCAGGCCGACUCCCCCUUCUGUCACAUCGUGGUCUUUCUAGACGCCAGCAUCCUAACUUCUUCCAUCUACUCCCUGGCAACUAUCAGCAUCGAGCGCUACAUCGCUGUGUUCUUCCCUCUCAAGUACAGCAUAGUGAUGACUAACUGCAGGAUCAAAGCUCUCAUUGCACUGGUCUGGCUUCUGCCACCCAUCCUCUCAUUUCCCUUAUCCAUCCCAAGUGGAAUUGUCAAAGUUUACUUCUCCAGAGCAUCUUUGAUCUGUAAUCUGGAUUUCUCCAGCAAUGUUACCUAUUCCCUCCUGCUGACAGCAUUCAUUUUCUUUCCCUGCUCACUCAUCAUGACUUUCGCCAAUUUCCGGCUCUGGUUUGUAGCCCGGAGUCAGAAGAAUCGCUUUAAGCUGUCGAAGGCGAAUAGGAGACACGACGCCGCCUCCAGAAUCCUUGUGCCUGUGGUUAUCGUCUAUUAUAUCUGCUGGUGCCCUUGUGUUUGUAAUAUGAUCUACCAGGCUUUAACACAGCAGAGGGCAUCAGAGUGGUUGGAAUUCGUUGCCCUGUGGUUACCAUGUGGAAAUGGCUUCUUCAACUGCGUUGUGUAUUUCUGGUUAAACCGAAGUUUCAGAAAAAAGUUCCAGGAAAUGGGGCAAAAUCUCUGCUUGUCUGAAUGGUUUGCUACCCGAAACGCUGCAAUUUCACAAGCUCCAAAUAGAAAGUUCAUCAUGAAAGUCUGGAAACAGCAUGGUAAUGCGGCAGCAAGGCCUAGCAGCAUCUCCUCCAUGUGUAAUUUGGUAUCCUUCAGCAGUGAAACCAUUUUGCCAAAUAUGUAG